UCGAUCUGUCACUUGCUCAUGAUUUUUUUAGUGAUUUUUACAUCAACAUUUUUGUGUGAAACAUGUUUGGAUUCGUUCUCAUGAAUUGGUGAAAAUAUCAAGCCGCUGAAAUUCUCGCAGAAUGCAUCGUGAAUUCGAUGACACCGUGCAUAAUGGAUUGAAUUAUUGCUGCCCCGAGCCUCAGGGUCGACGUCGUGGCCCCAGGGUGAAUGCAAGACGAGAAUGCAAAGACAGUUUCGACAAUUUGAAAAAUCAUAGUCAUCCCUGUGAUUUCAAGCAGCAGAAUUUUUCCUCGCACGGCUGCCCAUUCCAGAGCAUCGCGAAAGACAUAAGAUUGACGACAGCCUCGGAGCAACAGCUAGAAACUGACGUGCAACCUCGUAAAUCUCAAAAGCAAAAGUGUCGAAGUCCAUUGACAUCUGCACAACACCUGAAACAUUCUCCAGAAAAUCCCCUGGACCUCUUCAGCCAUGAUUUCGAGUCAGUUGAGUUUCCCCACUGUAUCGAGAGAUGUCCAGGAAAAUCCCUGGAGAAAUCGUCGAAGAAGAAGAUGAAAGAAGAAAUAAUUCACGAUUGCACAGAUCCAAUCGUCGAAGGAGACGUGCUGAGAGUCGACAAGAAACGACAUAGGAGAAAUAUCGAAAAAGGAGGAAAACAGAGAAUUCAAAAAUGCUUGAACGAGCUGGAAGUCCUCGAGAGCAAGGCCAUGCAACAGUUCGAGUGUGAGAAGCGAUUCAGUGAACCAAGGAAGCGGAACCCAUUGAGCUCGAAGAUGUGUCAGAAGGUGCUGACAGAUGACUUGGGUAUCGAUGCUGAGGAUGAGGAGGAGCAGAACAGACGUCUGCAAAGGGACUUAGAGAAUAUUCCGUUAUGUGAACCUUUUGCGUGUCUCAAAAGACGGUCGAGAACCCCGGAGAUGACUUCGAGUGCCACUGAGGCUUCCAUCACUGGGGAUAUGGAUGGAAGGGCUCAGAGAAACCCCCAGUACGAUUGCCAAAACGACAAUAAACCUCUCCAGCAAACACACGAUGAUUCAGUCUCAAGCGAAGCCACAGGCUCAGAAAAUGAUGAGGACCGUGAAGACACCCUUCGGGCUGUACCCCGCGCCGAAAGAAAUAAUCCUCACUUCAUUGAUCACCUCAAGGGGUUGCGAUUUCGGUAUUUGGACCUUAUGCAGAUGCAUCUAGAUCAUCUCUAUGAUCUCGAAUUAUUCAUGAAAUCUUUAACCUCGGAAAAUUCAAAAUCUGGGGAUCCACGUGGAGAAAAGGGACGAGCUGUUACCCGAUCUGGGCUGCGUUAAGGAUUUUCAUAAUUUUGAAUGGCAGUGAUAUUUUUUAUAUUGUAUAUUUUAUAUGGAAA